CACGCAGGCAGCCUCCGUGUGGAUACAGAACACUUAUGGCUUUCUCAGGACUGCUGCUGUUUCUUCUGUUGGACCAGACUUUUGCACAACUAGAAGUCUCGGCUCCAUCUCCUCAGCGGGCACUUAAUGGAUCCACUGUGGUUCUGCCGUGCACCUUCUCUAUCAAUAAAAUGUCCUUUGAUCCCAAAUACCUCGCUGUGUUAUGGAGUUUUUGGGGAAGGCAGAUACUGCUGUAUGACAAUAAAGGCAUAACCAAGGAUCCAAGGGUGGCGUUCGAUGGAGAGGCAGCCAAAGAUGGAAAUGCUUCGCUCACAGUGGCCAAUGUGACUCUCUCUGAUGGAGGGACCUACUCAUGCAUGGUCAUUUACAGUCCAGAACGAAUAGAAAAGAACAUUGUACUGGAUGUGCAAGCCAGGCCUGGGAUCAUACUACGUGAUAAAGCUGUCCGUAAAGACAGCGAGAACACUCUGAUCUGUGAGGCCGUCGGCUUCUUCCCCGAGGAUAUUGAAAUAACAUGGACUUUAGAUGGAAGAACCCAAAAUAAUUCUUAUAUAAAAGACCAAGUGAAAAACAAUGACGGCACCUACAAUGUGAGCAGCGCUGUGACAUUAACUAUGAGACCAGAGUCCAAGAUCCUAUCCUGUGCCGUCCAUCAUGCCUCCCUCCAUCAACCAUUACGAGAGGAACUGCUGCUCAGAUGCGAAGACAGAAGCCCGGCUGGGAUCAUUGCUGCCUGUUCUGUGAUUAUUCUGAUAAUUCUCAUCGCUGGUGUUCUGUACUGGAAACUAAAACUGAGGAGGAAAGUUAGCGGACCGUUCAUAGUAAGAGACAUCGAGGGUCCUCCUAAGCUGAUUGACGGAGAGGAGGCCACCCUGUACUACACAGUGGACAACUGCCCCGAGAACCUUUGUGUGACCUGGCUGAUGAGAAGAGCUGGACAGGUCCAGGAGAUCCAGACGUCCCAGAUCAGAGAACAUUCAGAAGAAGAGGAGGGCUUACUGGAUGCAUCCUAUGUGAUCAGAUCACAACGAGAGGGACAUCAGUACUUAUCAUCACUGAGCUUCAUACCCCAUAUGGAAAGACACAAAGAUGUCACCUUCAUCUGUAGAGGAGUCUCCAGUCAACAUAAUGAUGAGAAGAAGUUUCACUGUAAGACAAUUUAUGUAAAGCCCAAGCUGUCACAGACAGUAAUAAGAAGUCUGUUUGUCUCUGGAGAGAUUAAGUAUUUACUCAAUCUGGAGAAAUUUUAUCCUAAAACCAUCAAGAUUAUAUGGAUGUGUGGAGUGGGAGAACCAGAAGAAGUCCUGUCAUCCACUGAAUCAGUGUCCGAUAAUCCUGACAGAACCUACAGCAUCUCCAGUGAGGUCAGAAUUCCUGAGGAACGUCACAAGGAUUCAGGAUUCAGAGUCCGAGUGACCUGGGAACAUGAAUCAUUGGGAGAAGCAGAAUCCAGGGAGCUCUCUAUCCGAGACUCAGAUUACAUAUGGAUGCCAGUUGUAGAAGAGAUCCAGAUUCCCCGUCUACUUCAUGACACCCCGGCCACCCUGCAGUGUAAUAUCUCGGAGUAUUUCCCGGAUGCAGUCACUGUGAGAUGGAGGAGACGUGCUGGAGAUGAGAUCUAUGAAGAGACUGAGAACCAGAGGAUAACAUCCAGGAGAGCGGCCGAUAAGACCUAUAACUGUACCUCCAGUCUGACCAUCACCCCCACACUGGAGACACAUCAGGGGACAGAAUAUAUAUGUCUGGUGGAGCAUCCCACCCUGGAGACACCCAUAGAGAAAACCACUGGGAGGCUACAAGUACUUGCUGAACCCCAGAUGCCGGAUCCUAUACAGAUCUCUAUGGCAGAUUCAUCUCGUGUUCAGCUCUCUCUGAAUCUACAGAAGUUUUACCCGAAAGAUAUCCAAAUCUCCUGGCGCUGGGAAAAUACAUCUGGUAAAUAUGUAUUAUCACCGGAGCAAACCUUCAGAUCACAGAAAGAUCUCACAUAUGACGUCACCAGCGUUGUCCGGAUUUCUAAUAAUUCAUUCAAUAAUCCGGAGAUGAAAAUCAUUGUAGUGUGGAAACACGAGACUAUGGAGACGGCAGAGACAAGAUCACUGAGUAUCAGAGAUCUGUCCUGGACUCCACAUGUUGGAUCUAUCUGGGGACCUGAGCUGGAAGAUGGUAAAUCAGCCACACUGUUCUGUGAUAUAUCCGGAUAUUUCCCUGAUCUUCUAUCUGUUAGCUGGUUCAUAAAGAGGGAUGGAAACCUGACUGCUCUGCCCAUAGAAUCAAUGAAGACGAAUAAUAAUUACAAGAUCUCACAUAAGAAGAAGAGACAGAAAGAUAAAACUUACUUCUAUGAAGCUUCAAUGACUUUUACCCCAUUAAUAAGUUCAGACGAAGGAUCAGAAAUCCUCUGCAGAGUGGAGCAUCCCAGCCUGGAGACCCCCAUAGAGACCAGCACCCAACCCCUACACAUAGGUGUGAAAAAGAAAACUAUUGCUGACGACGUCAUUCAAGGCUUUGAAACCUUCUUCACCCAUUCGAGGAAAGAAAAGUUCAGCUCUAAGACCAACAGCGAUGAGAUUGACAUGACACAAGAAGCCAAUGACGAAGACAAUACCACUGAGGACAGAGGAGCAGAAGUUCAAGAAGAAACAAAAAACUUGACUCUUAGAAAAGACAAUGGAAGUUAAUGUCCUUUAUUACAGAUCAGGGAUAUAUACAGAAUACAGCGGAUGUCUGUGUGAGGUUUAUUACUGCGCACAGUUACCAGUUUUAAUACCAGAUGAUCAGCACCCAGGUGAAAGGUGAGGGUAUUACAUGGAUUCAUGCUGCAGCCUCAGUUAUACACUUCUUCUGGAAGAAAGUAGAGGGAGACCUAUAAGACCCAUGUACAGGAUUACUGCCGGGCAGUCAGUAUGUGGCUACAGCAGGAGAAAUAAAAGGGAGAUCGGUCACAAAUUACCGUAAAGCUAUAUGAAGUGACUUAGUAAUCUGCAGCAGUAAUUGAUAAGUGAGGUGGGUGUGCAUAUGGCAUGUAUUCACCGCUAGUCCACCAGGGACAUCACAGGCGGCUCUCUGAUGGGCCAGAAAUACUGUCCCUCUGCCAGUGGCGUAGCAUGGGUUGCCAGCACCCAGGGCAAGCCAAGUAUUGCGCACCCCCCCCCCCCCCCCCU